GCCGCCGCCGCCGCCGUCGUCGCCUCCUGCAAUCAGUAAGUGAGACAAAGGCCUAAUAUAAUCAACUUCACUGGAGUCACCGAGACGGAGAGGAUAUUGGGGUUUUAACCAUGACUGAAGUGGAAGAAGGUCGCUCGCUGGAGUUAGAAGAAAUUAGUGCAGAAAAACCCAAGAAAAGAAAACGCAAGUUCGUCAGUAUGGAUGAUGAUGACGACCAUGUUCCUAUCCCCUCAAGACUGUACAAAGGCGUUACGUUAUCCUUAAUGAAUCCUCUGUACCUUCUUCGACUUGGGCCUGGAAACAUUCGGUGGGGUACUCGUGAAAGAUUGUGCUCUCUGUUGCAAAAACUCGUCAGGCAACAUAACUGGGCAGAAGCUAGCGGCGUCUUAAGUGUUUUACUAAAGGGUACCUGCAAUGUUGUUUCGUGUUCAACCUUGAAUCGUUUGAAAUUUUCGGUUUCAAUGGAGCUUAUUAAACAUGUACAAGGCAAUCAUGUCAAACUAACGAGGAUCAGGGAUAUAUAUGAAAUUUGGAUGAGAAGGAUCAGGUCCAAGAGAGUGCGAUUGGAGGAGAGACUUCUGGUUCAAUUGGAGUUCAUUCUUCUGUAUCUUAUGCAUGGGAAUGUUGAGGAUGCACAUCAAGCUGCUUUAAGCUUGAUGAAAGAAAAUGAGCUUAUGAAUCAUCCCAUGUCAAAUUUGAUCAUUGGCUUGACAUUCUUUCAGCUUUGGUAUUCCAAUCUCCCAGAAGAGGUUAAGUUGAAAGAUUUGGACCAGGGUAUAUCCAGCCAAUCAGAAACUUCAGAAGAAAGAUUCAGCAAUCAAGUUGAGAACACAGAAGGCAAUAAUGAGUUUUAUUCUCAUGAGGCUCAUUCUUCCCUCCAAUAUGAUUCAGACACAUCUGUCAUGAAUGGUAAAAGGAUAGCAGCAGAAGCUAGUAACAAGCUGCAGAUAGAACUUUCUGCCAAGAUUGAUGUUAACCCACAAAGCAAAAGUCUCACACAAGACGUUCAGCAACAAAGCUUCCAGUCAAACUCUACAGGAAAUGACGCUUGUUUCUAUGAUUAUGGCAGUUAUAUGCCUGACCCAUCCAUCCUCUCUGCUCUUGAGGGUCUGGAGUCUUGGUUGUUGCCCGUACGACUGCCACACUCAAGUGAGAAACUUAUCCAUUUGCAUAGGCAAAUGCUUGAUAAUCAUUACAAGGAUGCCAUGAAGUAUUUCCAGCUUGCUCUUUACUCGACACCACCAGUAUUGACAGCUUUACUUCCUUUGAUACAGUUGUUGUUGAUUGGAGGUCAAGUGAAUGAGGCACUAAGGGAAAUUGAGAAGUUUUGUAAUAGUCUGAAUGCUCCAUUUCCAUUUAGAUUAAAGGCUAGUCUUUUGGAUUGCUUUAAUUCAAAUGACUCUGUUCUGCGUGCAACCUCUUUCGAAGACAUCUUGAAGAAGGAUCCAACAUGCCAUCUCUCAUUAGCGAAACUUGUCAGCAUGCAUCAAAAUGGGGAUUAUAGUCCAGAAUCCCUAAUGGAAAUGAUUGCUUUGCAUUUGGAUGCUACCUAUGCAGAAUCUGAAACAUGGAGAGAGUUUGCUCUGUGUUUCCUCAAACUCUCUCAAUAUGGAGAGGAUCGAUUGUCAGCAUGUCUAAAUGGGAAAGAAAACAAGCCAAAACCAAAGUACUCCAUUCGUUACAAUAGGACCCCAGAAAUAUUUACCGUGGGGAAUUCUGGAAAAGCUUGGAGACUACGCUGCAGAUGGUGGUUGAUGCGUCACUUCAGCAAGAAGAUGCUUGCAUCAGAAAUAAACUCAGGUGACCUGCGGCUGCUGACAUACAAAGCUGCAUGUGCAUCCCACAUUUAUGGCCAUGAAAUUGAAUAUGUUGUGAAGGCUUACACUCGUGUAAAGGAGGUGAAUAAUAGAGACUUGCUCUUGUUCUUACAAAAUCACUUUCAGAAUUCCGUGAGAAUUUUUUCAAACUUCAAAGAUAGAAGUGAAUGAAUUAAAUAUUUUAUUCAAAUUAUCUGUUUGUUUUAUCCUUCCAAUCCCUAAGAACAUUGCAAUGUGCCAUUAAGAUCAGUGAUAAAUGGUGUAAAUAAGGAUAUGAAUUUUUU